AUGAAAAAGAACACAUUUUUAUCUUCGUUUUAUAGAAAAAGAAAAUAUUAUAAUGUGUUGGAAGCUUUGUCCCUAACAAAUCUGAUCUUAAAGUUGACGGGAUAUCAAGUGAUUGCUUUAAAUCAUUCAAAAUACGACACUGAAUCUAUGUUUUCAUUUCUUGGACUAUUUAGUUUUGUUAUUUGGUCUUGCCUGUACUUCUACUGUGUUUAUAAUUCGCACGUUACGGAUCAAACGGUUGUCCGAUUGAUGUUCAAUUCCAAACUUAAACAGUAUGGCGAUAUCUAUGAGGAGUUUGCUACAACGUUCUACUUUCUUUAUAUGAUGUGGAAACUUGGUUUUGACUUAUUUGCUACCCCACGGUUUGCAAAAACUAUAAUUGCUGCUGACAAAAUGAUAUCUGAUAUAGGCAUGUUAUUGGACUACAACAAAGAUCGAUGGCUCACAAUUGCCACUGUAGUGAUUGUCAUAUUUACUUGUAUGCUUCGAUCAAUUUCUCUAUGGUUCGUUAUAUCGAAUAUAAAUAUGCCUAUUCCGUAUGAAAAGUUAUUUCAAAACAUAUACUCGGAUAAUUUGGCCCUCAUAGUGUCUUGCUUUUAUUGGUAUCAUUUAUUCCUAUUGCGAGAGAGGUACAUGAUGUUAAACAAAGUAUUGAUUGAUAUAAAAAAUAAAAACUCGUGGGAAUACAUGAUUUUCGUUCGUCGUAAGCCAGUGGAUAUGAACAAGGCGUGCCAGCUAGAAGACAAGUAUGUUAGUGAGAAAAUAAAGAGCUCUGCAAAAAUAUGUAGCAUCCUAUAUUCAGCUUCUGAGAUAAUCAACGAAUUGUUUGGCUUCGCUCUUUAUAUUACAUUACUAUUUUGUAUGAACUAUAUAAUAAUAUAUAUGUUUUAUUUUAUGGAAGCAACUGCCAUGGGAUUAUUUCACAAUAUGCAAUUAUAUUUAGAUUUCUUAGUGUACAUAUUUUGGCAGAUUAUGUACUCAACAGUGAUUUUGUUCAUUAAUGUCUACUGUGCUGAGUAUACAGUGUUCGUGGUUAAAAAAAUGUCAUUCAUCACCCAUGAAUUAAUAAACAGUAACUUAAGCCCCGCUAUCACGAAGGAGGCUAUGCUGCUCUCCCAACAAUUGCUGCAUCAGCGUCUAAUAUUCACGGCUUCAGGUUUUUACACAUUAGAUUAUGAAAACCUGUAUCAGAAAGCUAUGACAAUUGUGACCUUUAUGCUGAUGAUAUUACAAUUUGUCUCAGAUUCCGAAAGAAGACAUUAA